UCCGUCUCUUCAACUAGUUCCCAUAAGUAGUAGAUUCCGGCAAGCGGCGGUGCAGGGGUAGGUAUACACACACGUAUAUUACGAUGGCCAAAGUCCAGGAGAUCCGACGGAGUCAGCGGGCGGAGGGUCCGGCGGCGGUUCUGGCCAUCGGCACGGCCACUCCAGCCAACGUCGUCUACCAGGCUGAUUACGCGGACUACUACUUCCGCAUGACCAAGAGCGAGCACCUCACUGAGCUCAAGGAGAAGUUUAAAAGAAUGUGCGACAAGUCGAUGAUACGGAAGCGAUACAUGCACCUGACGGAGGAGAUGCUGAGUGAGAACCCGAAUAUGUGCGCUUACAUGGAGCCGUCGCUGGACGAGCGGCAGGAUAUCGCGGUGGUGGAAGUGCCGAAGCUGGGGAAGGAGGCGGCGGCGAAGGCCAUCAAGGAAUGGGGGCAGCCCAAAUCCAAGAUCACUCACCUCAUCUUCUGCACCACCUCCGGCGUAGACAUGCCGGGCGCCGACUACCAGAUCACCAAGCUCCUCGGCCUCCGCCCCUCGGUAAACCGCUUCAUGAUAUACAAGCAAGGUUGCUUCGCCGGCGGCACGGUGCUCCGCCUGGCCAAGGACCUGGCGGAGAACAACCGCGGUGCGCGCGUGCUGGCGGUGUGCUCCGAGAUCAUGGCUUUGAAGUUCCGCGGGCCGUCGGAGUCGCACCUGGACAACCUGGUGGGGCAGGCUCUGUUCGGAGACGGAGCAGGGGCGGUGAUCGUGGGGGCGGACCCGGACCUGGAAACAGAGCGGCCUCUGUUCGAGCUGGUGUCGGCGAGCCAGACGAUCCUGCCGGACUCGGAGGGGGCCAUCGGCGGGCACCUGCGGGAGGUGGGACUCAUCUUCCACCUGCUCAAGGACGUGCCGGGGCUCAUCUCCAAGAACAUCGAGAAGAGCCUGGUGGAGGCGUUCGCGCCGCUGGGGAUCGACGACUGGAACUCCAUCUUCUGGAUUGCCCACCCGGGGGGGCCCGCCAUCCUGGACCAGGUCGAGGCCAAGCUGGCGCUGGAGAAGGAGAAGAUGACGGCGACGCGGCAGGUGCUCAGCGAGUACGGCAACAUGUCCAGCGCCUGCGUUCUGUUCAUUCUGGACGAGAUGCGGCGCAAGUCGGCGGAGGAGGGGAAGGCCACCACCGGCGAGGGUUUCAACUGGGGCGUCCUCUUAAGCUUCGGCCCUGGAAUCACCGUCGAGACCGUCGUCUUGCACAGCAAGCAAAUCAAUUAUUAAUUACUACAAUGGAUCUUGGCAUUAUAUAUGUAUGUUUUUCCGUAUGCUUUUUCUAAUAAUUAGAUCUAUGAUGCAAUCUGCGUUCUAUUCAGGAACCCUUUGUACGGGCUGAGCGGUGAAAAAUUGAAUCGAUGAGUUCAA